CUGAACGCCCAACCUCAAGGCUUAAUGCUGCUAGUGCUUUACACAGCGGUUGGCGGCGUUGGCCGUGUCCUUCGAAAAAAUAUUCCCUGCCAUGGCACCCCAGCUUGCCUCUGAACGCAUCAUACUCCCUACAUGCCGACUGAAUCUAUACCUUCCAUCAGUCGGUAAACCCAUGACGAGCGCGCAGUACUCUAUGGGAAUCAUCUUCCUCCUCGGUGACUGCGCAAAUCUUGCCCAGAGUCUCGCCGCAGAGUACAAACCACCAAAGAAUAUAACGACAUCUAAGCCACGAAAACUCCUUUACUCCUUUCUUUCGAAGUUCGCUGGGUUGUUCCAGAGUGCGGCGGUAAACGAACCGGACGUUCCAAAGAAGCUCCUGAAUCUUUGCGAACAAUUUGUUAUGUGGGGGAACGAUUUAGUCGCCGCCGUGGAAGAAAGGUCGACAAAGCCCGAUUUCGACCUUGGCAGAUAUCCGUGUACGCACUAUCCCGAGUUUUCAACUAAGUACCUAGUACCCCCUAACUUAGGUCACUUCCCUAAGUUCUAUAAAGCCCCAUCGUCUUCGCAAAGCUAACGCUUCUGUACCUUAACACGGCUUGCAGAUGGAGAACUGCCCAGUACAUAUGCAGCUAUGAAAGCAGAUCUGAAAAAGCC